AUGACCCUGCCAGGUAUGGAGGAUGAACUUCUCCACAGAGCACUCACCGCUCUGGGUGUAGAAGCUGUGGUUCACAGACGCAAAGAAGAUGGAGAGAAAAAUCACAUCGGGCAGAGCGCUGAUGGCAUGAAUGAUGAGGAUGCAGUGCAGAGCGCUGCGUCUUGCGGGUUUAACCAUUUACACCAUAAUCACAUUCUUUUGCACUUGGCCUUGCAGGGCAUUGUGGGAAACCUGUCCAGCGGGAAGUCGGCCUUGGUGCAUCGGUACUUGACAGGCACAUAUGUGCAGGAGGAGUCUCCUGAAGGGGGACGGUUCAAGAAGGAAAUAGUCGUGGAUGGACAGAGCUACCUUCUCCUGAUCAGAGAUGAAGGCGGGCCUCCGGAAUUACAGUUUGCUGCCUGGGUGGAUGCAGUGGUUUUUGUCUUUAGCCUGGAGGAUGAGAUCAGCUUCCAGACGGUCUACAAUUACUUUCUGCGCCUCUCCAGCUACAGGAACACAGCUGAGGUCCCCAUGGUCCUCGUUGGAACACAAGAUGCAAUCAGCGCUGCCAACCCCAGAGUGAUCGACGACUCACGGGCCAGAAAGUUGUCAAACGACCUGAAGCGCUGCACGUACUAUGAGACCUGCUCCACCUACGGCCUGAACGUGGAGAGAGUCUUCCAGGAUGUUGCCCAGAAGGUCGUGGCCAUGAGGAAAAAGCAGCAGCUGUCUAUUGGACCAUGCAAAUCUCUCCCUAACUCACCCAGCCAUUCAUCCGUCCCUGCUGCGUCUAUUCCUUCUGUUCACAUUAACCAGGCGGCCAACGGUGGGGGUGCAUUCAGCGACUACUCCUCCUCCGUUCCCUCCACCCCCAGCAUAAGUCAGCGGGAGAUGCGCAUUGAGACCAUAGCUGCCUCCAACACACCCACGCCCAUCCGCAAGCAGUCAAAGCGCCGUUCCAACAUUUUCACAGUAGUGACUAACCAUGUCCACCAGAGAAAUGAGCCUCUCCCCGUCCGCAUCAUGGAGAUGCCGAAGCACGCCACCUACCCAGUGUGGGUGCCGGAAUGGCAAGCCGAACGGGAGUUUCAGCUCAUGACCUUCUGAGGAGCGACGAGCCCUGGGUGGGAGGAGGGAGGGAGGGAUGAGGGUGGAGGCAGAAACUGAGGAGGAGGAUGAGGAUGAUGAAGGAGAAGGAGGAGGGGAUGGAGAAUUAACAGGGUGAUGCGACAUGUCCUCAGUGACACUUGAAGAGUGCGAUGGGCUAAGGAGAGGAAGAUUUACGAUGCCAACGUUUUUUUUUUUUUGCCAUUUUACAAAACGACAGAUAAAAAAAAAAGAGAAAAUACUCCAUCAACACAAGAAUGUCAAGGAUCGCCCUCUCAUAGUGUUGUCCCUUCUAAAAAAAAAACAAAAAAAAACAAAAAAAACAAACUGACCUCUGUGUUAAAAGGUUCCUCUAAAAGUCCUGCCGACAGCUUGCCAGUUGCCAUUCAUAUUUUCUAGCCUCACUCCUGUAAAAA